AUGCGGGGCGAAAACGCGGGCGUGCUCGACGCCUUCAGCGAUAUGAGCGAGUCGUCGGAUAGCGACGAGGAGCUACUGCACGUAAUGGACCCAUCGAACCCGCGAGCGCACCGCUCGGCGCCGUCUUUCGUACAGCCAACGCGCGUGAAGGAAACCAAGACAUCACGGAAUCAGACAGCGUCGCGCUGGGACUCAGACGACGAUGUGGGCGAACCAAUUAGCCCCAGAGUUGGCGUCACGCUGUCCAAAUGGGCACAAGCGCGCUUCCUGGUGCCCGCCAGUCAGCGCAAGAUUCCGGUGUUCGAGGAGCCGCCACUAGAGCCACUAAACGACUUCAUUCUGAGCGACUUUAGCUCGCGACACCGCGGCAACGCGGGUAAUGUGGAAGUGGAGAAGGAGAUUACGGAGGAGGUGCAGCAACAGAACGAGAGCAAUAAAAUGCAGGUCGGUGCUCCUCUAUACUUCGUCACUGACCUGGCCACCAAGUGCUUCCACUGCGGUGAGGUGGGCCACAUGGCCACCGUCUGUAUGAACGACAAGCUGCAGCUUCCAUGCUACUACUGCGCACUACGAGGACACCAGGCGUGGGAAUGUCCCAAUCUGCCGUGUGGCAACUGCCGUCAACUGGGACAUCAAGAGAGGGACUGCGAUAACCGAAGACUGAGUAUCGACCCUUGUGGUGUGUGUGGCCGUCCUGGACACAUUGACGUCGACUGCGACAACGUCGAAGAACCAGCACAAGUGACGUGCAUGGUGUGUACGGAAGUGGGUCACCUGCACUGUGUACCGAUCCCUCCUCCAGCCGAUAGAAGUGUGUACUGUCCGAACUGUGGAGAGAACCACACACUCGACCGAUGCGACACGUACUUGGAGCCUACUGUGACCAACUUUGCCACUCGAACGGCUAGUGGACGCACCGUUCAGACGUGCUUUGUGUGUAACGAGGCUGGUCACAUUGCGGCCGAAUGUCCGGUGCGGUCGAAUGGCUAUACGAGAGGUGGAGGCAGCUGCUUUAAGUGUGGGAAACCUGGCCACUUUGCUGCUGAUUGCUACGAUUCGGGGAACAACGGACGGCGCGUCACUGGGCGUAAACGAGGUCGCGACGUGGAGGACGAGUACCCGGACUACAAUGGCUACUACGAUAAGGAUGAAGACUACUAUUCCUACGACAGAUCUUCCAAAGGAGGGAAGAAGAAUCGCAACAGAGGAGGCUCAUCACGGUCUAGGAACUCCGGGAAAGGCUACGCACGCUUGAACGAAGCCUUGCCGACAAGACCGCACAGAAGCAACAAUAGCUAUGGCGAGCGCAGACGUAACAACUCACGCAGGUAG